CAUUAUUCCUGUCAAACCUCCCGCGUAGGAACGUUCCCAUUUUAAACAGUGUCUUCUACUCUAGGGUUUUUCCAGGGGAUGGAAAGCAAGCAAUGUUGACACUUUAAUGGAUAACUCGAUCAUCUUAUAAACCAAAAAAUGGAAACCCCUGAUUCAAAAACCACAACAUCACCACCACAGCAACAAGAACCAGACCUCAAAAGGCCCAAGAUGUCCACUACAACCUCCGAGGACGAAGACGCCGCCGCCACAACCCCCGGUGACGACACAACCAUUAAAAAGCAAAGAUACAAGCGCCGCAAAAUCGCAAUAUUCCUCACAUACUGCGGCGCUGGCUAUCAAGGUAUGCAGAAGAACCCAGGUGCCAAAACCAUAGAAGGGGACCUCGAAGAGGCCCUUUUUCACGCCGGUGCUGUCCCUGAACAUGACCGUGGCAUCCCCAAGCGCUAUGACUGGGCUCGUUCUGCUCGUACUGAUAAGGGCGUGAGCGCUGUGGGACAGGUUGUCUCGGGCCGGUUCUACAUCGACCCGCCUGGACUUGUGGAACGCUUGCAUUCAAAUCUUUCUCCUCAGAUUAGGAUUUUCGGGUACAAGAGAGUGACGGGUUCGUUUAAUGCUAAGAAGUUUUGUGAUCGGAGAAGGUACGUCUAUUUAAUUCCUGUUUUUGCUCUUAAUCCUUGCUCGCAUCGUGAUAGGGAGAGCGUGUUAGCUAGUUUAGGGUCUGGUAGUGAGCUUGUUAAGUGUUUGCAGUGUUCAGAAAGAGGGCGUAAGGUUGUUGGUGCUGUGGGUAAGCGCAGCUUUGAAUCAAACUCUGAUGUUUCCCCAACAGAAAUUUGGUCAAACGAUAAAGAUACUACUCUAAAAUCAGAAAUAAAAGAGGAGGUUAGUGGUCUUAUGGAUAAUGGUGAUGGAGAUAUUAGGAAUUCUGAAUCUGUUAAUGAAACUAAGGUCUUUCAAAAUGAAGACAGAUGUAAAAAAUCUGAAACAACUGAGUCAGGCAUUUCAUCAAACAGCGAAGAUGCUAAUGCCAACCCCGAAAUUAAAGAUGAGAUAAUGGUGUCCAUUGAGAAUGGUGAUGAUAAAAAUACAAAAUCAGAAGAGGAAGCGAUUAAGGGAAGUGGAUUUUGUUACGGAGAGAAGGAGAAAGAGAAAUUCAAUCGAAUAUUGAAUUAUUACUUGGGGAGUCAUAACUUCCAUAAUUUUACCACUAGAACUAAGGCUGAAGACCCCUCUGCUCAGCGCUACAUCAUUUCAUUUGAUGCCAAGACUACAGUUACUGUUGAAGGCAUUGAGUUUGUGAAGUGUGAGGUUGUUGGGCAGAGCUUCAUGCUUCAUCAGAUACGGAAGAUGAUUGGUGUUGCCGUGGCUAUUAUGAGGAACUGUGCAUCUGAGUCGUUGAUACAAACUGCUCUGCAAAAGAAUGUGAACAUCAAUGUGCCUACGGCUCCUGAGGUUGGGUUAUACUUGGAUGAGUGCUUUUUCACAUCAUAUAACCAGAAAUGGAAAGACAGCCAUGAAGAACUUUCCAUGAAAGAUUACGAAGAGGAAGCAGAGGAAUUCAAGAUGAAGCACAUAUACUCACACAUUGCGACAACAGAACACAAUGAAGGAUCAGUGGCUCUGUGGUUGCAUUCUCUCAACCACCGAAACUAUCCUGAUCUUCGUGCUUGCAACAAUGGAGAUAAUAUCACCAGUGAAGACAAUAAUGGCAGGGAAAGCACUAUGGUUGAAAACAUGACUUAGUGUACAACUUAGUGAAACUUAUCCUACUUUACUAUCGAUAAACUGAUUACUUUUACUCUUUUUGGAAUUGUUACAACUGGGUUUAGGUUCUCAUCGUCUCCCUUACCAGUUAUUUUAUUUAAUUAAUAGUUAAUUGAUGCUUUGGCAUUUGCUUUCUAAAGCAACUUAGAAGUCAAUGAAAAUAUUAUCUAUGGGGUUUAGUUGUUCA